UCUUCUUCCUAAAACAUUUUCAUUGUUAGUCCAUUUUCUCUCACAUCCUGGUGAAAAACCAUGUCUAACUAAAAAAAAAAAAAAACCAUGGCUUCUUCAUCGAAACAGAGCCCUAUGGUAAAAAUGUCAAACUUUGGUAGAGCAGCCACGGGAGAAAGUGAGAGAGGCACUGCUGCACACAAUGAAGAAAUGGAAAAGAGGGGCGCAGCGUUGUUGCUGAAGUCAACACAAGUCACGGAAAUUAACCGAGUCAUUGGAAUGCGUUAUGAUGGUGAGAUGAUUAUUGACCGGAGAUGUCGGGGGUGCUAUCGGCGGUGGGUCGGUGUACGUUUUCAAAUUGGUACUAUUGCGUGCGUAGAUAAAGGGAAUUCACCAUGGAAACUCACGGAAAAAAGAGCUGAAAACCUAAGCUCUGAUAAACUCAUGAAGAUGUAGAAAAAUAUUUGUAUAUUUAAGUACAGGUGGUAUCGGGCAUGGAUCAAGUUCAUAUUAUUAUGGGCAAUGUACUCAUCAUUCUUCACCCCGAUAGAGUUUGGAUUUUUUCGUGGCCUGCCAGAGAAUCUCUUUAUACUUGACAUUGUAGGACAGCUUGCUUUUCUUGUGGACAUUGUUUUGCGGUUCUUUGUUGCUUAUAGAGACAGCCAGACCUAUCGCAUGGUCUACAGGCGUGCUCCUAUCGCUACGCGGUAUCUAAAAUCUAGUUUUGUCAUUGAUCUUCUUGGAUGUAUGCCCUGGGACCUUAUCUACAAGGCUUGUGGAUCGAGAGAGGAAGUGAGGUUCCUAUUGUGGAUCAGAUUAUAUAGGGCGCAGAUAGUCGUGCGAUUUUUCAUGAAUUUGGAAAAAGACAUACGUUUCAAUUACAUUAUUGCUCGGAUUGUGAAACUUUUAGUUGUUGAACUCUAUUGCACACACACAGCAGCCUGCGUUUUCUACUAUUUGGCUACUACACUACCUGAAUCACAAGAGGGUUACACAUGGAUAGGAAGUUUGAAAAUGGGUGACUAUAGUUAUUCAAAUUUCAGAGAAAUUGAUUUUUGGAAGCUCUACACAACAUCAUUGUAUUCUGCUAUUGUUACGAUGACUACUGUUGGCUAUGGUGAUAUACAUGCUGUAAAUAUGAGGGAGAUGGUAUUUGUAAUGGUUUAUGUUUCAUUCGACAUGGUUCUUGGUGCAUAUUUGAUCGGUAACAUGACAGCUUUAAUAGUCAAAGGAUCAAAGACUGAAAAGUUUAGGGACAGGAUGACAGAUUUGAUGAAAUAUAUGAAUAGAAAUAAACUUGGCAGGGAUAUCCGUGAACAAAUAAAGGGUCACGUGCGCUUGCAGUUUGAGAGCAGUUACACCGACGCUGCUGUCCUUCACGACAUUCCUAUUUCUAUUCGAUCUAAGAUAUCCCAAUCGUUGUACUUGCCAUACAUUGAAAACAUUCCCCUUUUUAGAGGAUGCUCUUCAGAAUUCAUCAAUCAGAUUGUUACUAGGCUCCAUGAAGAAUUCUUUCUUCCAGGAGAAGUUAUAAUGCAACAAGGAAACGUUGUAGAUCAACUAUAUUUUGUCUGCGAUGGUGUGCUGGAGGUAGUAGGCACAGCUGAAGAUGGGACCGAAGAAACUCUUUCACUUUUAGAGCACAACAGUUCAUUUGGAGAAAUAUCUAUUCUUUGCAACAUUCCUCAGCCAUUUACUGUCCGUGUUUGUGAACUGUGUAGGGUCUUGCGACUUGAUAAACAAUCAUUUUCAAAUAUCCUAGAUAUAUACUUUUAUGAUGGAAAGAAAGUAUUAGACAACCUUGUAGAGGGAAAAGAAUCUAUUAGAGGUAAGCAAUUGGAGUCAGACAUCACAUUUCAUAUUGGAAGGCUAGAAUCUGAACUUGCUUUGAAGGUCAAUAGAGCAGCUUUUGAUGGUGAUAUGUAUCAGCUAAAAAGUUUGAUUCGAGCUGGAGCUGAUCCUAAGAAGACAGAUUAUGAUGGAAGAUCACCUUUGCAUCUUGCGGCCUGCAGAGGAUAUGAAGAUAUCACACUUCUCCUUAUUCAUGAAGGCGUCGACAUCAACAUCAAAGAUAACUUCGGGAACACACCACUACUUGAAGCAGUUAAGAAUGGACACGAUCGGAUUGCUUCUUUACUUGUUAGAGAAGGGGCCUCUAUGAAGAUAGAUGAUAGUGGUAGUUUUUUAUGCACAGCAGUUGCAAGAGGAGAUCCAGAUUAUGUUAAAAGACUUCUAUCUAAUGGAAUGGAUCCUAAUUUGAAAGAUUACGACAAUCGAACCCCUCUACAUGUUGCUGCAUCUGCAGGUUUAAUCUUCAUGGUAAAGUUGCUAUUAGAAGCUGGAGCCAGUGUUUUUACAAAAGACAGAUGGGGAAAUACUCCGCUUGAUGAAGCUCGGAUGAGUGGAAAUAAGAAUCUGAUAAAGAUGCUGGAAGUUGCAAAAUCUGCUCAGUUGACAGAAUACCCUUUUCCCCAAGAAAUUAUAGAUAAAGUACAUCCAAAGAAGUGCACAGUGUUCCCUUUCCACCCAUGGGGUCCAAAAGACUCUAGAAGAAAUGGAAUAGUAUUAUGGGUUCCACACACCAUUGAAGAGCUAGUCAAAACAGCAGCAGAACAGAUAGGAUUUUCUAGGGACUCUUGUAUUUUAUCAGAAGAUGCUGGUAAAGUUAUUGAUGUGAGCAUGAUUAAGGAUGAUCAGAAAUUGUAUUUAGUCCGCGAAGCACAUUAGGCAAUUAUAUUAUUGUUCUUUUACAAUCAUAUAAUAAUAUAUAAUAAUGUGGCCUCCUUGUAAUGUUCUGUAAUCUACAAAUAAGGGCAAUACUUGAUCUUACUAAUGUUAUGCAGAUAUGGUAAAUGUUCUCUGCAGUUAAAAUCCAUUAUAGUAAUAAAGAUCAAAUAACUACUUAUGAUGAACUUCAACACCACUUUGUACUGGUUUUUUUGUAUACUCACCAAAAGUCAACAUGCUUAAUAUAUUGCAAGAACCACCCACAUCACAAUCAAUUUGUGGUUGAACAACAGAAAUACAGCUUCCAAACUUAAAGAAAAUUUCCCCAAAAACUUUCAAAAAUCUACAAGAUUAGAUGUAAUUCCUAAAUACCAUAUAUAACCCCAAAACUGUAAAUUAAAUAACACCCUAUUAGCACGUGCGUUGGAUUUGUCGAAAGUGCUUUUGCGCUGCAGCAUUAGCAAUGGUGGAUGCAUCUUCUUUCUUCAGGUUCAGCGUAUUUUCUUUGGAUGCUGAAGUGAUGUGUGAUUGAGAAGCUUCAAAAAACUGAGCUAUGGACUCCACAAAGCAAAUCAAGUAAAAAGGCAAACUCGAACAAACAAGCACUCCUAGUUUGAUCAUAUUCAAGGAUAAAAUUACUUUCAAUUAUCAGUUUUUGCUUAGGAUUUUUUGUGGUAUAACUAACCAUGACAGAGUGCUAAUUUAUAGUGGGAGUUUAUAACUUGGACAGUUUUUUCCUUGGAAAAGUCUGUCGUGCUAAGCAAGGUG